UAAACUUAAGAGAGAGAAAAGCAAAGAGAUAUAAAUGGGGGAGUAUCUCAGAAACAAAAUUUGGGUUGCUCUUUUUGUUGUGCUUUUUCUUAUCUCUUCAUCAACGAGAUUAAGUUUGGCUGUUACAAAAACUGAGAUCAAUACCAUAUGUACGGGUACACCGAAUCCCUCAUCUUGUUUUGAGCUCUUCAAAUCGGAUCCUCAUAUUACAAAACUAAAUCUGUCUGGUUUGGUCAAGGUUUUGAUUAAAUAUGCGCAUGAUGAAUCCUUAGACACCGAGAAAAUAAUACAAUUGCAUGCGGAAAGCAUCAAAGAUCCUUUUAUUAAGAAACAAUAUAGCUUAUGCUCCAACAAUUUUGAAUAUACACUUGUGCCAUUUGAUUCAGCUCUCAAGUAUUUAGCAGCCAAGGAUUUUCAUAGCUUAAAUGUCAAUAUCGCAGCAGCGAUGACUUUCGCAGAAAAUUGUAAAGACGUUUUUGAAGAAUUUCAUAUCAAACUGGAUCCCCAAAUAUUGAUGAAGAUUAAUGAUUUUCAAGAUUUAUGCAGUAUUCCAUUGAUGAUUUCCACCAUGUUGCCAAAAUAAUAGCUAAUAUUGUACCCGACAAUCCGUAUUGGAACUAAGUUUAAUAAAAAUGUAGAUCGCUAUGAA